AUGUCUUCCCCCAACCCUGAGGAUGUGCCCCAGAGGCCAGAACCUGAGCCCUCAAGCUCCAAUAAGAAAAAGAAGAAAAGAAAGUGGCUGCGGCAAGAAGCCAGCAUCCAAGCCCUCACCAGGGCUGGCCAUGGGGCCCUUCAGGCUGGCCGGAACCAUGAAGCCUUGAACAACUUCCAGAGGGCCUUCCUUCUGGCCUCCAAGGCCCCACAAACCAGGGAUACCCCUGUGCUCCAGGCCUGCGCCUUCAACCUGGGGGCUGCCUAUGUGGAGACUGGGGACCCAGCCAGAGGCCUUGAGCUACUCCUGCGAGCCCACCCUGAAGAGAAGGCACAGGGCAGGCGACACGGCGACCAAUGUUUCAAUGUGGCUUUGGCCUACCAUGCCCUCGGAGAGCUGCCUCAAGCUUUGGCCUGGUACCACAGGGCCCUGGGCCACUACCAGCCACAGGGUGACCAGGGAGAAGCCUGGGCAAAAAUGGGAGCCUGUUACCAGGCUCUGGGACAGCCUGAGCUAGCAGCCCACUGCCUGCAGGAAGCAAGCCAGGCCUAUGCCCAAGAGAGACAGCUGCGGGCCGCAGCCCUGGCAUUGGGGGCUGCGGCAGGAUGUAUGCUGAAGAGUGGGCGGCAUCGGGUGGGGGAAGUUGUGCAGGUGCUGGAGAAAAGCCGGAGGCUUGCCGAGAGGAGCACUGAGAGGCGACUGCUGGGGCACCUCUAUAACGAUCUAGGCCUGGGCUACUCCCAGCUCCAGCUGUUCCCGCUGGCCGUGGAGGCCUUCCUGCAGGCCCUGCCCCUGUGCUGGGUGCCAGGAGAGCAGGCCACAGUGCUAAGAAACCUCGGGAUGGCCCACAAUGCCCUCGGCAACUAUCAGGAAGCUCGGGAGUUUCACCAGAAGGCUGCUGACCUACACGGCUCUGUGGGGCAGCGGUGGGAGCAGGGCCGGAGCUUUGGCAGCCUGGCCUUUGCAUUGAGCCAGCUGGGGGACCACAAGGCUGCCAGAGACAACUACCUGCAUGCCCUGCAGGCUGCCCGGGACUCUGGGGACAUGAAGGGACGGUGGCAGGCCUGUGAGGGUCUGGGGGCUGCUGCAGCCAGGCUGGGGCAGUAUGACCAGGCCUUGAAGUACUAUAAGGAAGCACUGGCCCAGUGUCAGAAGGAGCCAGAUUCUGUGCGAGAACGGCUGGUGGCCAAGCUGGCAGACACCGUGAGGACGCGCUUGGCCCGGGUGGGGCUGGGCCAGACUCACACCCUGACUUCGGCUCCGGGAAGACUCCAGGCUCCAGGUGGGGCCAGCCAGGCGGAGGGGACCCCAGCAAAGGCAGGAAGCAGCACAGCAGGUGCCCAGCACAGAUCUUCCAGUGGGUGGGAAGAUGAAGAGUUUGAGGAGGGCCACCAGAAGAAAAAAGAGGAGAGGUCGGCAAACGUUCCCGUGAGGGCUGGGCCGGGAAGACCAGAGCUGUGUUUCCUUCCAGGCACAGUGAAUCAUUCCCACCAUCUAGCUUCUAGUUGCCCCAUGUUUACCAAGCACACGCCCUGCAGAGGGACAGUCCUCGGCAAAGCCUCCAUCUAUAGUCCAGGACCCAGGGCCCAUCUUCCAUUUGUAGGCCCAGGCCCUCCCAGAGCGGAGUACCCUAGCAUCUUGGUACCCAAUGGCCCUCAAGCCAAUAGGUCAUCCAGGUGGCCCAGGGAAAGCCUCAGCAGGAGCCGCCAGAGGAGACCCACGGAGUCGGGCAUCUGCACUAUUGUGUGA